AUGACCUCGAUGGACGGGGAGGCCAAAAGGGACGUCCCAGUCCUGAGCGGCGUCACGCCAGAUGGGAAACCUGCAGCCGCAGCUUCGAACCUCGAUGCUCGACCGCCAACAAGCUCCUCCGUCCACGUCACCUACGAACCCAGCUUCGACUCGCGCAACCUGUCCCCCUGUCGAGUCGGCGCCCGCAAUCCAUCGCCCAGGUCCGACCCCGACAACUAUCAGGGCGGGAGCGUGUCCAGACGCCGGAGCUUCCGCACUGCCACAUUCAAAUCCCUUGACGAGGGCAACGACCUGGACUCGUACGGUCUGCCGGACGGUUGGCAGCCUGGCUCGGAACCCGGUUACGACCCGGAGCUCCCUGACGGCGGGCACGCGUCCGUGUCUGCGCUGAGCGCCGAAUGCCAGAUUACAGUCGUCGACUUUUCCACCGAGCGCAUGGUCAAGCGCCAUUUCGAGAAUAGCACAUUUAUUGAUUUCCUAAACAGCCAGCCGCAAGAGGAUUGGGUCAAGUGUCGAUGGAUCAACGUCAACGGCUUGAGCUGGGACGUUGUCCAGGCUGUUGGAAACCAGAAGGGGCUUCAUAGACUAGCAUUGGAGGAUACUAUGAACUUGAGGAAUCGGACAAAAGCUGAAUGGUAUCCCAACCAUGCCUUCAUCAUCAUGACCCUCCAGAAGCUCGUCCACAUAUUUCAUGAUGAUAAUGACGUCUCUUCCGACUCCACUAGUUUGGCGUCCCGUUCAUCGUGGAAGAGAAUGUUUCAGGGAUGGGUCAGCCGUGUUCUCAACAAGCGAAGCGAGACGGACCCCGAAAUAGACCCUGCAGUAGGACCCGAGGAUCGCAUCCGCGACGACAACAGCGGGCCCGCUCAUGGGUUGUCGUGUCAAGAGACCUGGGCUUUGCGAUCGCUGCAGCGGUACCACGCAUCUGGAAACGACGCUCGCACCGAGUUCAUGGAGCGGCACUCGACGCUGGCCGAAUACAAAAUGGCCGUGUCUGCCGAGCAAGUCUCCAUCUUCCUCACAAACGACAACACCGUCAUUUCCUUCUUUGAGAUUUCCGCCGCCGACGUGGAGAGCCCCAUUGUCACGCGGCUGAGCACGCCCGGCACUAUUCUUCGAGAAUCGUGUGACGCGUCGUUUGUCGUGCAAGCCAUCAUCGACGCCAUCAUCGAUCUCGCCCUGCCCCUCACGGCUGUGUAUACCGAGCUCCUCGCCGACUUGGAGCUUGACGUGCUCACUUCGCCCUCCAUCAGGCAAUCCCGCAAGCUCUACAUCUGCAUCAGCGAGAUCAACAAGAUGCUUCGCUUCUUCAGCCCCAUAGACAACCUGGUCAACGUCCUGCGCGACCACCGGACACUCUUGUCCCAGGAGAAUGCGACACGGGAGCCGGGAAGCGCAGCAUGCGGCGUCACCAUGACGCCCCUGACGCACACGUAUCUUGGAGACGUGUUGGAUCACUGCAUCAUCAUCACGGAAGCCUUCUCGCAGUUGAAGCAGUCCUCCGAAGAUCUCAUCAAUCUCAUCUUCAACACCAUCUCGGCGAACCAGUCGCAGUCAAUGAAGCAACUGACAAUGGUGGCCAUUGUCUUCCUGCCCAUGACCUUUAUCACAGGGUUUUUCGGGCAGAAUUUCGACAGGGAGGGGUUCCCUGAUAUCCACAAUGGCAUAUGGUAUUUCUGGGCGUGUGCAGUUCCCACGGCCUUUGCGACAAUGGUUAUUGUCAUGAGAGGCAUGAUCUUUUCCUGGUUUGGCAGGGUGGCGACGAGGAAGCAGAUUUGGUCGAUUCGCAAGAGAAAGAGACGACCGGGGCGGCCCAGGUGA